AUGCGUGAGAUCGUCCAUGUUCAGGCCGGACAAUGCGGAAAUCAGAUCGGUGCUAAGUUCUGGGAGGUCAUCUCUGACGAGCAUGGCAUCCAGCCCGAUGGAUCAUACAAAGGGGAGAGCGAUCUCCAACUAGAGCGAAUCAAUGUUUACUACAAUGAGGCUAAUGUAUCCGUAACAAUGUCUGGAGUAACAACGUGCUUGCGAUUCCCUGGCCAACUAAAUGCUGAUCUUCGCAAAUUGGCCGUCAACAUGGUACCCUUCCCUCGCUUGCAUUUCUUCAUGCCUGGAUUUGCGCCAUUGUCAGCAAAGGGAGCUCAAGCAUACCGUGCACUUACCGUGUCUGAGCUCACACAACAGAUGUUUGACGCCAAGAACAUGAUGGCUGCUUGUGAUCCACGACAUGGACGUUACCUGACGGUCGCUGCUAUGUUCCGUGGACGUAUGAGUAUGCGCGAGGUCGAUGACCAAAUGAUGUCUGUACAAAACAAGAACUCAUCCUAUUUCGUGGAGUGGAUUCCUAACAAUGUGAAGACAGCUGUGUGCGACAUUCCACCCCGAGCUAUGUUCCGUCGCAAAGCCUUCUUGCAUUGGUACACUGGUGAGGGUAUGGACGAGAUGGAAUUCACUGAAGCCGAAUCCAACAUGAACGAUCUUGUGUCCGAGUAUCAACAAUAUCAAGAGGCAACUGCCGAUGACGACGGUGAAGCGGAAGGAGCCGUUGAGAACGACACCUACGCAGAAGAGUAA